AGGGAAGAUCACCCGGACCUCAUCCAGAACGCCAAGAAAUCCGACGUCCCCGAAAAACCCAAGACCCCCCAGCAGCUGUGGUACAACCACGAGAAGAAGAUCUACCUGAAAGUGCGUCCAGAUGCCACCACGAAGGAGGUGAAAGAGUCGCUGGGCAAGCAGUGGUCUCAACUCUCCGAUAAAAAGAGGCUGAAAUGGAUUCAUAAGGCCCUGGAACAGCGGAAGGAGUACGAGGAGAUCAUGCGUGACUACAUCCAGAAGCACCCCGAGCUGAACCUCAGCGAGGAAGGCAUCACCCGCUCCACACUCACCAAGGCUGAGCGGCAGCUCAAGGAUAAAUUCGACGGGCGACCCACCAAACCGCCUCCGAAUAGCUACUCACUGUACUGCGCGGAGCUGAUGGCCAACAUGAAAGAUGUGCCCAGCACGGAGCGGAUGGUGCUGUGCAGCCAGCAGUGGAAGCUGCUCUCCCAGAAGGAGAAGGACGCGUACCACAAAAAGUGUGACCAGAAAAAGAAAGACUACGAGAUCGAGCUGCUGCGCUUCCUGGAGAGUCUGCCCGAGGAGGAGCAGCAGCGGGUGCUGGGAGAGGAGAAAAUGUUGGGCAGCAAUCGGAAAGGGGCGACGAGUCCCGCAUCCAAAAAGUCCUCACCGGAGACCGGCAAGGCCAGCUCCGAGAAGCCCAAGCGGCCCAUCUCAGCCAUGUUCAUCUUCUCGGAGGAGAAACGGAAGCAGCUGCAGGAGGAGCGGCCGGAGCUGUCAGAGAGCGAGCUGACCCGGCUGCUGGCACGCAUGUGGAACGACCUCUCCGAGAAGAAGAAGGCCAAGUACAAGGCACGGGAGGCAGCCAUGAAGGCGCAGUCGGAGAAGAAGCACGGCUCUGAUAAGGAGGAACGUGGGAAGCUGCCCGAGUCCCCAAAAACAGCCGAGGAGAUUUGGCAGCAGAGCGUCAUCGGGGACUACCUGGCACGUUUUAAGAACGACCGGGGGAAGGCACUGAAAGCCAUGGAGGCCACUUGGAACAACAUGGAGAAGAAGGAGAAGCUGAUGUGGAUCAAAAAGGCGGCGGAGGAUCAGAAGCGAUACGAGAGGGAGCUGAGCGAGAUGAGGGCUCCUCCGUGCUCCACCAACUCUGCCAAGAAGGUGAAGUUCCAGGGAGAGCCAAAGAAACCCCCCAUGAACGGUUACCAGAAGUUCUCCCAGGAGCUGCUGUCCAACGGGGAGCUGAACCACCUCCCUCUGAAGGAGCGGAUGGUGGAGAUCGGCAGCCGCUGGCAGCGCAUCUCGCAGGGCCAGAAGGAUCACUAUAAGAAGCUGGCAGAGGAGCAGCAGAAGCAGUACAAGGUGCACCUCGACAUCUGGCUCAAGAGCCUCUCGCCCCAGGAGCGGGCUGCCUACAAGGAACACACCUCCAAUAAACGCAAGAGCAUAGGGAAGAUCCGGGGCCCCAACCCCAAGAUGAAGCCAACGAUGCAGUCCAAGUCGGAGUCAGAGGACGACGACGACGAUGAAGAGGAUGAGGAUGAUGAUGAUGAAGACGAAGACGACGACGACGACAACGGGGACUCAUCAGAGGAGGGUGGCGAUUCCUCAGAGUCCAGCAGCGAGGAGGAGAGCGAGGAUGGGGACGAGGU